AUGGACCUGCCGCCGCGGCGCGGGUGCCCGAACCGCACCGCCGCUCCGCGGCGUGCUCCCUGCGCGCGGGCGGAGCGCCGUGCGGCCCAGCACCUCCUCCGAGCACUCGGCGAGGUGGUGCAGCGCCGCGAUGAGGCCUCGUCGCGGCUCGGGCAGGCGCUGCGCCGAGCCCGAGCCGUGACGGUGGCACCUCCGCGGAUGCCGCUGGUGGAGCUCGUCUCGCACCUGCUCCUCCCGAUCCGGCGCCUGCUGGCGAUCGGGCCAAUCGCCUGCCGCAGCGGUGCCCCUGAUGCCCCUUCCCUGUGGCCCCGCCGCGAGGGAUGGCUGCCCUGGACAAGGAUGCCGCGGCGGCGCCUCGUGGUCGCGAGGGCGAGGUGGCACCCCAGACGGGGGCAGAAGCGGUCAUGGAGGCAGCUGCGUGGGCCGCUGUGGCCGCGCCGCAAGUUCGCAAGCGUGGAGCUGACGGACCAGGUUGAGGUGGCGAGUGGCUGCGGCUUGCUGCUGGAGUGGCUGCUCUCGCUCAGCAGGUAG